AUUGCAGAAGUCUGCCUCGGAUAUAGACACUUCAAGGGAGUUACGCUAUAAGACCUUGGCAGCGGACACAACACGAGAUGAAACAGAUUUUUCAGACGACUCAUCAUUGAUGAUGGAUGAUGAGGAUGUCUUCACUGAGUCAGAGGAAGACAGUCUAGGACCGGAGGAUUUCGGGCCGCAAAGUUUGAGGGAGCAACUAUUAUUAAGAAACCUUCUGAGAGAGCAGCAGAAGUCACGGUUAAUCAGUGAGAGGGAGCGGUCAUUUAAAGAGAUGCAGUCAGCCCCUGACAACCCGGAGUCCGCCAGUGAGCCGGAGUCGGAACCAUCAGUUAGUGAGACUGAGACGUUAUUCACAAAGGCGGAGAGGAGGCCGUCAGCCAGUGAGAGGGAGCGGUCAUUAAGAGAGCCGGAGGAGCCACCAGUCUGCGAGAGGGAGCCGGAGAGGAGGCCGUCAGCCAGUGAAAGAGAGCGGUCAUUCAGAGAGCCGGAGAGGAGGCCGUCAGCCAGUGAGAGGGAGCGGUCAUUCAGAGAGCCGGAGAGGAGGCCGUCAGCCAGUGAGAGGGAGCGGUCAUUCAGAGAGCCGGAGAGGGAGCGGUCAUUCAGAGAGCCGGAGAGGAGGCCGUCAGCCAGUGAGAGAGAGCGGUCAUUCAGAGAGCCGGAGAGGGAGCGGUCAUUCAGAGAGCCGGAGAGGAGGCCGUCAGCCAGUGAGAGGGAGCGGUCAUUCAGAGAACCGGAGAAUCCACCAGUCUGCGAGAGGGAGCCGGAGAGGAGGCCGUCAGCCAGUGAGAGGGAGCGGUCAUUCAGAGAACCGGAGAGGGAGCGGUCAUUCAGAGAGCCGGAGAGGAGGCCGUCAGCCAGUGAGAGAGAGCGGUCAUUCAGAGAGCCGGAGGAGCCACCAGUCUGCGAGAGGGAGCCGGAGAGGAGGCCGUCAGCCAGUGAGAGGGAGCGGUCAUUCAGAGAACCGGAGAGGAGGCCGUCAGCCAGUGAGAGGGAGCGGUCAUUCAGAGAGCCGGAGAGGAGACCGUCAGUGACAGAGAGGGAGCGAUCAUUCAGAGAGCCGGAGAGGAGGCCGUCAGCCAGCGAGAGGGAGCGGUCAUUCAGAGAGUUGGAGAGGAGCAGGUCGCCAAUUGAGAGGGAGUCGGAGAAGACUCAGUCUCCAAUCAAGAGGGAGCGGUCAUUCAGAGAGCCAGAGAGGAGUCAGCCCCCAGUCGAGAGGGAGCGGUCAUUCAGAGAGUCGGAGAGGAGUCCAUCGUCAACCGAAAAGGAGGUAUCAUUCAGUGACAUGGUGAGGAGUCAGUCGCCAACGAAGAGGGAGCGGUCAUUCAGAGAACCAGUUGAGAGGCAGGAGCCAGUCACAGAGCAGGAGGGGAGUGAGUCUGUCGGUGAAAGUGAGGUGCCAUUCUGUGAGAUCAAAGAGAAACCAGCUUACGACUCUCCUACUGAAGUAGAAUCGACCAGUACAGAACCACCACUUUCAGCCAGUUCUGAACCACCGAUGUCACCUAGAGUGAAGCAGCCUCCGAGGGCUUCUGAACCUCUUACCAGUCCUUCAUAUCUCAUGGAUUCAGAAUACUUCGGUUCAUUUCGCAACAUUCCUGAUGAAACUGGUGCUUCAUAUUACAUGGGUCAGGAUGCAUCAGUAUUCUCUCGCUCUCCAGAUGUACACAAUGUUGACCCCUCAGACUUGGCACAGGCACCGGUUAAUAUUUUAAAAAUUGGACAAGCUAAACUAAAAACACCAAAAAGGAGGAAGUCUUCUAAAUUAGUAGUACCCGUGGGAUCAAAAAGCAACCUAAUGAUCUGGAAGUUGAUCAUUUUGGGCCAGCUGAGCACAUGCAUAGUUAUGCACAAGGAACUUCUUCAAUUCUUCCAACUGGGUAACCUAACCUAUUGUAGCAAGUACUGGGGAGAUCUGUCAGUGUUGCACCCGGAGAAACGCCCAGGAAAUCUAUGCGUGCUGGUCCCAGGAGAUCUGUCAGUGCUGCUCCCGGAGAAACGCCCAGGAAAUCUAUGCGUGCUGGUCCCAGGCCAUCAGUCAGUACCGCACCCGGAGAAACGCCCAGGAAAUCUAUGCGUGCUGGUCCCAGGAGAUCUAUCAGUACCGCUCCCGGAGAAACGCCCAGGAAAUCUAUGCGUCCUGGUCCCAGGCCAUCAGUCAGUACCGCACCCGGAGAAACGCCCAGGAAAUCUAUGCGUGCUGCUCCCAGGAGAUCUGUCAGUACCGCACCCGGAGAAACGCCCAGGAAAUCUAUGCGUGCUGCUCCCAGGAGAUCUGUCAGUACCGCACCCGGAGAAACGCCCAGGAAAUCUAUGCGUGCUGCUCCCAGGAGAUCUGUCAGUACCGCUCCCGGAGAAACGCCUAGGAAAUCUAUGCGUGCUGCUCCCAGGAGAUCUGUCAGUACCGCACCCGGAGAAAUGCCCAGUAGAUCUUUGCCUCCUGCUCCCAGGAGAUCUGUCAGUACCGCACCCAGAGAAAUGCCCAGUAGAUCUUUGCCUCCUGCUCCCAGGAGAUCUGUCAGUACCGCACCCGGAGAAAUGCCCAGUAGAUCUUUGCCUCCUGCUCCCAGGAGAUCUGUCAGUACCGCACCCGGGAGAUCUGUCAGCAUGUCACCCAGAAAUGCCCCAGGAAAUCUAUAAGUCGUGCACCCAGUCGCGCCCCAAGGGAAUCUCUAAUUCAGAGACAGAGUGGUCCAAGUACUCCAAAAUCUUCUAA